UAUCACAUAUGUGAUAAUGACUGGCACCAAUAUUGUCCUAUAAGCUAUUCUUCAUAUCAUGGCAUCACCUUUCACUGCUCUGUGCUCAUUAUCCCAAUCUGGAAUUAUUUUCUCCUGCAUGAACACCCACCCAAUAAUUUGGCUGGCAUACUUAUAUGUCCACCGUUCCUUGUCAACAAACUGAAGAGUAGAUUUCUUUGCUAAAUAUUAGGUGGGUUGGAUGGCCGAAUGGUCAGUGCGUGAGCGAUGUAUCAUAAAGUCUGUCAUUGAGUCAGUUGGCGUGGUUUUGAUUCCCCAGUUGUAAGUGGGUUUUCUCCAGGUCCUCCGGUUUCCUCCCACUACUAAAGCCCCUUACGCGCAAGCGAAUUAUUGAAAUAAAAUUGAACCAUAUGUUAGUCUUGGUUUCGAUUCCCCAGUUGUAAGUGGGUUUUCUCCAGUUUCCUCCCACUACUAAAGCCCCCUACACGCAAGCGAAAUAUUGAAAUAAAAUUGAACCAUAUGUUAGUCCCGAAAUAACCUAGUUUCUGUCGAGUAGACAUUAAACCCCAUUUCUCUCUCUCUCUUGCAUGGACUGCAAGGCUGCUAAGACAUAUAAUGUAUUUUUAACAACAUUCAGUAAUCGAAAUAUCUAACAGACUAUUAGUUCUUAACUGAAGUCAGUAGCUAAAUCUAUUUAAGGCCAGCUCAAUUUUUGUCAAGGUCGCCGAGAUGUAAAUAAGGUUAGGGCAUGUGAUUGUUGGCAAGAUUGUAGAUUAGGGUUAGGGUAAGCAUUGGGGUUAGGUCCAGGGUUAGGGUUAAGGUUGGGAUUAGCGCUAGCCCUGUUUACAUCUCGUGACCUAUGACGAAAAAUUGAGCUGGCCUUAUCAUUUAGCAUAUUGGGUACUACUAGUGGGAAUGUCCAUCUGCUAUAAUCAUAAUCAUAAUCAUAAAACCAUUAGACAUACACUGUACAUCUAGUAAAUGGUAUCUAUAUUAAUAAUAUCAGUAGUUUGUUGUGUGGCCAUAUUGUAGUGUAUAGUUUAUCUAAUUACCUGAUUGAUUAUUUUAAAGCUGUAUGCAGAUUGAUGGAUAAAUUAAUUAAUGGGAAAUGUAUUCACAUAUCUAAGAAAGAUAAAACAAUUUGAAAUGGAUAGUCCAAAAAAGAAAAAUACCAAGGAGGAAACAGUGAAUAACAAUAAUGAACUUAUAGACGAUAAAGAAGCUUUUGUGGAAAGAUUUGAGAUGCUGUACAACAAUAAAUAUCUAAGUGAUGUAACCCUUUGUGUUAAUGGAGAUCGUUAUUAUGCACACAAGUUUAUUUUAAUAACUGUCAGUGAAGUUUUUGAAGCUAUGCUGCAAAAUGCAUGGCAAGAAUCAUGUCAAAAUGAAGUUAAUCUGUCGGAAGAAGAUGCAUGUAGAGAUGUUUUUGGUUUGUUUUUGAAAUAUUUAUAUUGUGGAUCAGUGAAUUUAAAUACAGAUACAACUUUACCUGUCUUACUGUUAGCAGAUAAAUAUAGCGUAAAAACAUUACAGAAGUCGUGUGUUGAUUACAUGUUGACACAUAUAGUAGCUUCACCAGACACAAAUCGUACACUUACAUGGUAUCAGUACGCUAAAAUGACUGGACAAAAUGAACUCGUAGAAAAAAGUCAAAAAUUCAUUCUGUCUAACUUCAAUGUUAUAUUAGACACGCAAGAUUGGACUUCAUUAACCAAGGCAGAAAUCAUAGAAUUACUCAACAGUUCGGAUAUGAUAGUAAAAAGUGAAAUGGAUUUAUGGUUACAUGUAGAAAGCUGGCUGGUAACGGACAGCAAUAAAGAAACAUUGGCUGCUAAUCUGAAAGAAAUAUUACCCCUUGUCCGUUUUCAUAUGAUAUUACCUAAAAACUUAUUAUUAAUUGAAACGUCGGAUUUAUGUCAUGAUUAUCCAGAGCUCUUCAAAGAACGGUUGAAUUCUGCUUACCGACAUCAUUCGUUAUCUGUAGAUUGUGAAGAGAUGAUAAAAAGUAACGAGUCGUAUAGAAAUUACUACGGAGACGAAUACAAAAUUUGCUACCCUUUUAAAUUGAAAGAUUAUAAAAGUACCCAAAGAAUUGACAGUAAAAUAUCAGUUAAAUGUCGGGUACCUUUAAGAUUUAUCUCCCCUAGCCACCAGAUGUCCGACAACCAAUCUAUCCCUUUUCAGGUAUAUUUUUAUCCCCAAGGUUUCUUUUCGGUGAUUACCUUAUAUGGUAGUUACAUUGGCAGACGUACUGAUAAAACAUCUCUGCGUGUUUUACAUCGUUCACCAAUAGAAGUGCCAACGAAAGUCCAUGUGACCUUGGUUCUCUACAGUCAGAAGAAUUUGUUUAAAUAUAUUUCAUUCACUCAUACAUCAGAACAUCUUCUUACAAAAGAACGCAAUUUUGAAAGUAAAAUAGAAAAUGUUAUUGAUGUGGAUCAUUUUUCUGAAAAUUCUCCCUAUUUAAUCGAUGGAGACUUAGAAGGUAAAAUAUUUAUUAAAAUAGAAGAUGUUGGAGAUCAUUUAGUAAAACCAGAUGAGAAAUAAUUAACACUUAAAAUACAGAUGUGACGUCACUUAGUAAAAUCAGUUGAGAAAUAGUUAACACUUAAAAUACAGAUGUGACGUCACUUAGUAAAAUCAGUUGAGAAAUAGUUAACACUUAAAAUACAGAUGUGACGUCACUUAGUAAAAUCAGUUGAGAAAUAGUUAACACUUAAAAUAAAGAUGUGACGUCAUUUAGAAAUUUCUGAUCAAUUUAAUACAAUUUCUCUUGAAUUAAACUGAUUAAUACAGGCUCUUUUUUCAAGUCUCUAAUUUCAGUGUCUCUAAAAGUAACCAAUAAUUAAUAUGUAAUUUAAUAUAUAAUAUUUAAAAUAACUGUGUAUUCCUUAGAAAUGCAUCCUAAGAAUCUCCAGUUCAAUUACAGACAGUAAAUGCCAUUGAAACAAUAAUAUAUAAGAUUACCUCAAAACAGGAAAUAUAGAGCUAUUAUAAGAAAGCAUAAUAUAAUGGACAGUUUUCGGCCAUUAUCCAUCCCUUAAAAUAUAGAUGUGACAUCAUCCUUUGAUGUUGGCGUACUAAUAUGUGCCAAUCGUGCAGUAUUUAUACUGGAUGCGAGUAUCAAUAUAUUACUUAAUGGCUAGCUCUUGAUCAUUGAAGAUCCAAACUUUAUAGAAAUCUUAACUAUACAUAUACCAUAUUUAUCAAGUAUGUAUUCAUCACCCAUAAUAUAGUAAAAGUUGUUCUUAAUCAUCUGUUUAUGGCUUUUUCAUCAAAGGAUACAUUAGUGAAUUUAGGAUGAUUUGGUCCUAUCAGAUGAUAAAUGUUCUGUUUACCAGUUUGUUGCUAUGUAUAUAUAAAUGAUAGAUUUAGAUAUUGAUACCUAUAUUUUUAUUAUCUAGGAACAUGUGUCAAAUUGCAUUUAUCAAAAUUGACUUACAAAGUCUCUUGCUUUUGUACAGAAAUACUUGGCACAUUUUAAUGUGGUGACACCGUGCACUACACAAUUAAAUGUUUUGUAUUUUAUUCAUAUUAUUUAAAAUUUAGUCAUUGAUACCUUAAUGAUGUUAUUAUUUAUUUACAUUAUAAGUGGGACCAGAAUCCUAUAAUACAUAACAUCUAUGAUGAUAUAUUUUGUGAUCCCCUUUUAUGUGGGAGUAUAUUGUCAUCACCCUUUUAUGCCCCCCUUCAUCUGUCUGUCUAUGCAAUACAUGUACAUUUCAGAGAGUUUUUGAGAUACUUUUUUUCAAACUUGAUGGAAAACCUGAAAUGCAGAACUACUCAUCAAUUAUUGCCCGUCACUGAAACAUUGUAAAUGCCCAAUGAUUUUGAGAUUUUGUUUGGCAAGCUUGUAAUUUUAUUGAUUAACUUGUUGUGAUUGUUUAGCUGGUUUUAAGAAGGAACUGUUUAUGAAAAACAUCUUUGAUCCAGAAUCUUAAAACUUUGCACAUAGUUUCUUAUUGAUGUAUUUAAUACAUUAAAACAACAAAAGUUUAAUUAUUAAAAUUUUGAGUAAAUUCUUAACUUAAGUUUAAGAAUGUUUUGUGAAAUCGGGGCUAGGACCUUUUUUUUUUAAAACUGAGUCACAGAACCAGUAUAUAUUACUUAAAUAAUUAAAGAUACAUUAUGGGAGAUUAGAUAAAGAGCUGGUAGUUAGUUCACACUAGAAUAGUUAAAAACUAGAUAAUGUAAAUGGAAUUUGUUGAAAGUUUCAGUCAAAUUGAUCCACUAUGAACCAAGAUUUUAGCAAUUGAAUUUUCAGCCUAGCCUUGCCCUGCAUUGGCCGAGAAAGUUCAUCCAGAUUUUCCGGCGUGGUUCUCCCUUGUCAGUGAUGCAGGACGGAGGGGCUGACAAGGAAAGCUGUCUAGUCGUUCGGAUGGGACGAAAAACCGAGGUCCCGUGUACACAUUGGCGUGCACGUAAAAGAUCCCUUGGCAGUUGGAAUUCGAUAUAAGAGUAGGCCGUAGUGCCGCUGUCCGGGCAAAAUUUCCCUCAUAGCACACUGUAUGGCGUAUGCCUGUCUUCAUUAGCCCAGGUUAGGAGCAGAACAGUAGGACGUUAAACCCCAUUUCAUUUCAUUU